AUGCCAAUACCAACUCAAGAAAAAUGGAUGAGUAUAGCUAAUCAGUAUUACAGAUUAUGGAAUUUACCAAAUUGUGUAGGACCUAUAGAUGGAAAACACAUAAGAAUACAAAAAGUUCCAAAUACAGGGUCGACUAAUUUCAAUUAUAAGACAUACCAUUCAAUUGUUUUAAUGGCCUGCAGUGAUGCUGAUGGAAACAUCAUCAUGAUAGAAACUGGUUUCGCAGGUAGAAAUAGUGAUGGUGGUAUUUUUCGAGCAUCAAGAAUGGGUCAUUGGCUUGAAAGAGAUGGUUUGAAUUUGCCAAAAUUCGUAGCCGACGAAGCGUUUUCUUUGAAAAAAAAUUUAAUGAGACCAAACCCACGGAGAACAUUAACAAAUAAAAUACGAAUAUUUAACUACAGACUCAGUAGAGGUAGAAAAACUGUCGAGUGUUCGUUUGGCAUGAUGUCACAAAAAUUUCAAGUAUUGAUGUCACCAAUACGAUGCACUAACGAAACUACCGUAAACAAUAUAAUACGAUCAGUAUGUAUCCUCCACAAUUUCAUACGUAAAAGGGAAGGUCGGCAGUAUAUACCUUCCAUUGAUUUUGAUAUAAAUAAUCCAGAAGACUUCCAAGUACCCAACGAGUUUAUCAGGGAUAGCCAAGAUCAAAAUGAGUUGCCGAGGACACAAACGGCGAGUGAUCUCAGAGAAUAUUUGUCUUCAUAUUUUGUUAAACCUUAUGCAUCACUGCCAUAG